CGGUGGGAAAGGGGAGUGAUGGAGUUCUGGUCCCCCAGGAGACUGAACCAACCACGUCUGAUGGUGGGCGUAGAGUGGCACAGGCGGGCCCUUCAGAAAAGCCCGGGGCAUGGCCAGGCGGAGCCCCUCCCAGAGGCGGGGUCCUGGCGUGGCUAAUUCCACAGCCUUAUUCAUUCAUCCUGUUGACUGAGUACCGCUGCGGGCGGGGUGGUGGCCUGCUUCACUCCCUUACCCUGGCGAGCCGCACAGGAAAGUUGCCGGGAAGAGGCGUGGUCCCUUGCAGGAGGGCCCCCUGUCCCCCAAAGGUGCGCUGGCUCGAAUGCUAGGGCGGCAGGGGCGUCAAGUUUGAGCUACGAAGUUCCUAUUGAGCCUUCAGAAGUCUGGUUGUCCCCUGCGUCUGAAGAGGGCGCAAUCCAGAGGGGCGUGGCAGCACAUGCAAAUUGCAAGGCGGGGGCGGGACCAGCCCAGUGACAUCUGCCCGGAAAGAGGCGGGGCUUCACACGCAAAUCACUAGAUGGGGCGGGGUCAGACUUACUAAGGACUCAAAGGAGCCGCACUGGUAAAUGAUUAGCUGGGAUGGGAGCCAGGCUCGCUAGGAGCCCAGGGAGGGCGGUGCUGUACGCGUCAAUCUUUUGGACAGGGGGUGGGACCACACUCAUAAACCCUACUCUGUGGAGGGGGCAGGAACAGGAUUCCCCAGGACACUGUGGAGGGCGAGGCACUUGGCCGGAAGUCAGAGUCCCAGUCCCUGAGUGUGUGUGGGCGUGCUUCCCGGGCCACGGUGUGCUCAGAGCGACCGCUGGCAACGCCACAAUCCGCUCACCGUCCUGGUGUCUAUGGAGGAGGCAGGAGAGCCCGAGUCGCCCCCCGAGGCCCCCACCACGGAGCCCCCUCCGCCACAGGCCUGCCGCUUCUUCCUGGAGGGCCGCUGCCGCUUCGGCGCCCGCUGUCGCCAGCCCCACCCCGGGGCCACGGCCCCUGCGCGGCCUAGCUGCGAGGCGGAGGCGGAGGCGGAGGCUGGGAUCAAAAAGCCCCCGCUGCGCACUGCCUCGGACGUCAUCCAGCGCAUCCGCUGGGACCCGCGCCUAGACCCUGCUGACUUCUCGGUGGGCUACGCCGACCGCUUCCUGGGAGUGCUGGAGGAGCCCUUCAACUCCUUCUGCUGGGACGAGCCGCUGGCGGCACUCGGUCCCGGAUCGCUGGCCGUACCGCAGCACCGCGUACGUUAUUUCCGCUUCCGUGGCCGCAUCGUGUGGGACCGCGCCUCGCGUACUGAUCACGUCUUCGGCUCCGGCUCGGCGGAGGGCCGUGGGCCCACCAUCCUGGAUGCACUGGACGUGCUUGAGGAUGGAGAGGCACACGAGGCCGGAGAUGUGCUCGGUGAUGAGGACGCGCACGAGGCCGGAAAUGUACACAGCAGCAGGGACUCACUCAGGGAUGGAGAUGCGCAGGACGACGCACACAGGACCCGGAAAAGGCAUGAGGUCGACGUGUCUGGGGCCAGGGAGGCACAGGACUGUGUAGCGGCCCCCUAUGCUGGCGCCGCCCCAGCAGGAGGAUGCAGAGAGACGGCCAGGACGGGCCCCACUGAGGGGGACCUGGUGCUGGCAGGGGUGUCUAUGGAUGCUCAGAAGCUGGUUGGAGCCAGAAGCCAGGCUUCCCCAAGGAUGGAGCCCAGAAAGGUGCAGAAGCCGACUGCCAAAGACAGGACCCGAGAGAAACAGCCCCCCACAGGAGACCUCCCUCAGACGCAGGAGAGGUGUCAAGUGGAAUGGGGCCCUGGGACCUGGCCCAAAGACAGCAGGGAGGCCACAGUGGCCAGGGCCCUGGCCCCUCGGCAGCUUCGCCCCACGCACUUUGUGGCCCUCAUGGUGACAGACCCCGGGUUGCAAGCAGGGGUGGCUGAGGCCCAGGAAGAACUGGUCCGAAGGAUGCCGUCCUGUGCUGCUUUCAUGGUGCCCCCUCAGACUCUGCACCUGACGCUGGCCCUGCUGAGGCUGGCAGGCCCUGGGGACACUGCGGCCGCUCUCAGAGCACUCAGGCAUGCGCUCUCAGCCCCAGGACUCCAGGCACCCCCGCAGCUGAGGUUCAGGCAGCUGGUGCUCCUGGGCCCCCAUGUGCUCUGUGCUCUGCCCUCCCCCUCCCUAGAAAACAUGGCCCAAGUGCUGAACCAGAGGCUGGAGGCCGAGGGGCUCAGAGUGCUACAGCCUCCCGGGGGCCUGCACCCCCACCUCACGCUGGCCAAGGUACCCCAGGGCUCCCAGGACCACCUCCCCACACCUGGGUUCAGCCCAGAGCAGGAGCUGGGGAGCCAGCUCCUGAGCCAGCUCUGGCUGUGCUGUAUGGGGAGGGCAGGGGGCACCUACCAGCCCCUGGCUGAGGUGCCCCUGCAGUGACCGUCCCAGACCCCUCAGGCUGACAAGUAGACCUCAGCCCUGAACACCAGAGGAGAUCCAGUCCCAGCAGGAGAGACAAAGCACGUUCUCUCUCUCUCUCUCUUUAAUUUUGGUUUUGCUCAAGCUUCCAAAUGUGCUCAGUGCUCCAAGGAAAGAAUGAAGGAGAGAAAGGGGAGGGGAAAGGAAAGGGAAGGGAGGCAGAGGAGGAACAUCUGGAAGAAAAGCAGCCUGACAGUCCAGCUGUUUGCAACUCACUGCACGUCCUCCAGUUACAUGGCAGAAGAGGGAGGGGAGGGCGAAAAGAAAAGGGGAGGAAGAGGAAAAAAAAUAACUUAAAUAAACACACACAAAAAGAAAAGAAGGAAA